AGGGGCGCGGCGGCGCGGGCGGCGGACGGCGGCCCCGGGAGCCCGGACGGCGCCCGCGGAAUACUGUGAAGUAGAUACGAUUUUCCCCCACUUUGCAACUGAGGAAACCAAGCUGGGAAACAGUAGGUAACUUGCCGGAGGCCACACACGGCCAGCAAGUGACAGAUGCAGCCCCAAACCUUCCUGACUCCAGAGCCCUGGUUCUCAACCACCGCUAAUCUGUGUAAAGUGCCUGCUACAAAGUAGAGGCUCAAUAAAUCAUCCCCUGGGACAUGUGACAGAGGAGCCACGAGAAUGAGCUGUCGGCUUAUACCAAGGGUAAAAAUAAGGCUGAGAGAGGGUGAGGAAUUUGCAUAAAAUCUUCAAACACCAGGCCUGUGAUUGAUGCCCAGUUUUGAGUUUUGCUGUCAAGCCAUACCGGGUCCCAGGCGGUCAACACAGGGUGUCUUGCAGAGCUGAUGGAACUGAGGCCCGAGAGAAGGGGCUGUGUUGGAGACCACACUGAGCUAGUGAAAGAGCGGGGCCGCUCCUGUCUUGUCUGAAAUCUCGGGUGCUUACAAGCCUUCGCUCAUCGCUCUCCAUUUUCAACCAACGCUGCGUGUGUGUCUUUACCUACAAAGGCCCGGUGCUUCGCUAGGCGCCGCGGAAGCAAGAACCGCUUGCCAGACUCAAUGCAAGGUGAAGGGGAGCCAGGAUGGAACAGGCCCAGCCCAUGCUCUGAAGAAGCCCGGACUGUGGAGGUCGAUGUCCACUCCAUGGCUCCUGCUAAACUGGGGGCUGCCCUGAUGGGGCGUGGCAAUGAAUGAGCUGGCCCAGCCCCAGCGGACAAGGAUGGAAAGCCAUGCCCAGGAGGGUAAGAAGCGGUGCCCACCCAUCCCCACGUAGAAUGACUGUCCUGGGAGGGUGGUUCCCCAGGCCCUGGCAGGGCUGCUGACCCUCAGCCUGUGAACUGCUAAGAGUGGAAGGACUCCAGACUCCUCCUGCGGCUCCAUCAUGAGGCUCCUCGUGGCCCCCCUCUUGCUAGCUUGGGUGGCCAGUGCCACCGCCGCCGUGCCCGUGGUCCCCUGGCGAGUGCCCUGCCCUCCUCAGUGUGCCUGCCAGAUCCGGCCCUGGUAUACGCCCCGAUCGUCCUACCGCGAGGCCACCACCGUGGACUGCAACGAUCUGUUCCUGACGGCCGUGCCCCCCGGGCUGCCCGCGGGCACACAGACUUUGCUGCUGCAGAGCAACAGCAUCAUGCGUGUGGACCAGAGUGAGCUCAACUACCUGGCCAAUCUCACGGAGCUCGACCUGUCCCAGAACAGCUUUUCGGACGCUCGAGACUGUGAUUUCCGUGCCCUGCCCCGGCUGCUGAGCCUGCACCUGGAGGAGAACCGGCUGACCCGGCUGGAGGACCACAGCUUCGCGGGGCUGGCCAGCCUGCAGGAACUCUAUCUCAACCACAACCAGCUCUACCGCAUCGCCCCCCGGGCCUUCGCCGGCCUCGGCAACCUGCUGCGGCUGCACCUCAACUCCAACCUGCUGAGGGCCAUUGACAGCCGCUGGUUUGAGAUGCUGCCCAACCUCGAGAUCCUCAUGAUCGGUGGCAACAAGGUAGACGCCAUCCUGGACAUGAACUUCCGGCCGCUGGCCAAUCUGCGGAGCCUGGUGCUGGCAGGCAUGAACCUUCGGGAGAUCUCCGACUAUGCCCUGGAGGGCUUGCAAAGCCUGGAGAGCCUCUCCUUCUACGACAACCAGCUGGCCCGGGUGCCCCGGCGGGCCCUGGAGCAGGUGCCCGGGCUCAAGUUCCUCGACCUGAACAAGAACCCGCUCCAGCGGGUGGGGCCCGGGGACUUUGCCAACAUGCUGCACCUCAAGGAGCUGGGGCUGAACAACAUGGAGGAGCUGGUUUCCAUCGACAAGUUCGCCCUGGUCAACCUCCCCGAGCUGACCAAACUGGACAUCACCAACAACCCCCGGCUGUCCUUCAUCCACCCCCGCGCCUUCCACCACCUGCCGCAGAUGGAGACCCUCAUGCUCAACAACAAUGCUCUCAGUGCCUUGCACCAGCAGACGGUGGAGUCCCUGCCCAACCUGCAGGAGGUGGGUCUCCAUGGCAACCCCAUCCGCUGUGAUUGUGUCAUCCGCUGGGCCAAUGCCACGGGCACCCGCGUUCGCUUCAUUGAGCCGCAGUCCACCCUGUGCGCCGAGCCGCCGGACCUCCAGCGCCGCCCCGUCCGUGAGGUACCCUUCCGGGAGAUGACGGACCACUGCCUGCCCCUCAUCUCCCCCCGCAGCUUCCCUCCCAGCCUGCAGGUGGCCAGCGGAGACAGCCUGGCGCUCCACUGCCGGGCGCUGGCCGAACCAGAACCCGAGAUCUACUGGGUCACCCCGGCCGGGGUGCGACUCACAGCUGCCCGAGCGGGCAGGAAGUACCGGGUGUACCCCGAGGGGACCCUAGAGCUGCGGAGGGUGACGGCAGAAGAGGCCGGGCUGUACACCUGUGUGGCUCAGAACCUGGUGGGGGCUGACAGUAAGACGGUUAGUGUGGCUGUGGGCCAGGCUCCCCUGCAGCCCGGCCGGGACAAGGGAUGGGGGCUGGAGCUCCGGGUACAGGAGACCCACCCUUAUCACAUCCUGCUGUCUUGGGUCCCCCCACCCAACACAGUCUCUACCAACCUCACCUGGUCCAGCGCCUCCUCCCUCCGGGGCCAGGGCGCCCCUGCUCUGGCCCGCCUGCCGAGGGGCACCCACAGCUACAACAUCACCCGCCUCCUUCAGGCCACAGAGUACUGGGCCUGCCUGCAAGUGGCCUUUGCUGAUGCCCACACCCAGUUGGCAUGUGUAUGGACCAGGACUAAAGAGGCCACUCCUUGCCACAGAGCCUUAGGGGACCGACCUGGGCUCAUAGCCAUCCUGGCUCUUGCUGUCCUCCUGUUGGCAGCCGGACUAGCAGCCCACCUUGGCACUGGUCAGCCCAGGCAGGGAGUGGGUGGGCGGGCUCUCCUUCCAGCCUGGGCUUUCUGGGGCUGGAGCACCCCCUCCGUCCGCGUGGUGUCUGCGCCCCUUGUCCUGCCCUGGAACCCAGGAAGGAAGCUGUCCAGGUCUUCAGAAGGGGAAAUGCUGUCACCACCAUUGCUGCAAAAUUCCUGAAGCUCAGCCGCUCGCAGCAGUAGAGGAAUAACUAGGACUACUUUUUACCCAAAGGGAAGCAAUCUGGGCCAGAUGCCCUGCCAGGAAAGUGACAUGGACCGCAUGCUUGAGGCCUGGCAGCUGGACCAAGACAGAUGGGGUUCUCAGCUCCAGGGGCUGCCCUUCCCUUGUGGGGCCUGUCUGCUGACAUCUCCAAGGAACAGGAAGGACUCUGGCCAGAGCCUCCCAUCUCCUUCGUUGUCAGUGCGCCCAGAGGCCCAGGGGCCUCUGCUUGGAUGUCCCCUGCCUGCGUCCCACAGGACGCGCUCCCUGCCUGUGUCCCACAGGAUGCGCCCCCUGCUCUUUGUAUAGUCUUAAUUGCUUGCUCUUUCCCCUCCUGGGCAAGGGCUGAGGGAGGCCUCCCCUCCCCACGUUGGGGGACCACUCCCACAGUGGGUUCCCGACCGCAUCCGAAGGACGUCUGGGGAGAGAAGGGACGCCCAGGGACGCCUCAUCUUGGCAAGCCUGGGUUGGCGCUCUGAGGUGGACUUUCUAGAGGCAAUUUUGUACCUUUGUGGAGAAAUGUGUCGCCUCCCCCCAACCCAGUUCACUCUUUUCUCCUGUUUUGUAAAAAAUAAAAAUAAACAAGAAUAACAAUAAUAAGGGGGGAAAGGAAACAAAAGGAAAAUAAUCUUUGAA